UGAGGUGGCAUGUGAGGUGGCAUGUGAGGUGGCACGUAAGGUGGCAUGUGAGGUGGCAUGUGAUGACAAUGCUCUGCAUUUUACAUUCCAGCACCGCCCCGAACCUGCUGCCUGGAUUUCAGUGCAGUGACCUCACGGGUGAAGAAACUGCGAAAUCCUUCGUGACCCUAAUUUCCGCAAAUGGCGGCUCGCUCUCUCCAACUCAGGCGAGCUGUUUGGCAAGUGGUCUGUCAUCCGUGGAUCUGGAUCAAGAUGUCCCCAGUUCAGUGCUCAUUUAUGUGGACGCCAAAAAGUUUACCAUUGAGCAACCGGCGUGCAUCCCAUUGUUCACGAGCCUGGGCAAGGCCGACAUCAACAAGCUGCCCAAAGACAAGUCGAGGACCAGUCUGCUGACCAGGGCCCUGUCGUGCCUGGAUAAACCGACAGGGCUGAGUCUGACGGCGAGUGAUGUCGCAGUCCUGGGGAAUCUGUCGUGCGAGCUGAGCGGUGAACAGAUCCAGAGCGCCGACAUCGGCAUCCUGGACAAUCUCAAGCAGUGCAAGGUCUACACGGCUGCUCAGGCCACCAGCAUUGAGGCUAAGCUCACCUCAAAAUAUGGCGCAUCAUCCACGUGGACUUAUCAGAACCUCCGAGACAUGGGCGACAUGGUCACCACUCUAUCCAACAACACGCUCACUGGCAUAACAUCAACCACGGCACUGGGCGCUCUUAUUGAAUACGUGACCGCACAAACACAGGUGAUGGACGUGAGGCCAGAUCGACUCCGCUUCUCUCCCGACCUGAAAUUGAUCCAAGUGAGGUUGAAAGCGCAGUCCGGCACCAGCGGCAGACGGAGGAAGCGCGCCACUUGUUCCGGUGCCCAGCUGACCCGGCAGGACAUCCUCACACGAGGCCAGGCGCUGGCACAGAUGAGCGCGGCAGACUUGGGUGGCUGUAUCUCGGACGCCGUGUUUAUCGAGAGCGUGGACGACCUCGGCAAGCUCAGUUUCUCCUCCGAUCAGCUGGCUGUCUUCAUGGCGAAGAUCAAGUCGGUGUUCAAGUGGCCGACAUCCACGGACACGUUGGCCAACAUCGGCAACUUGGCAUUGGCGUUCACUCCUGCCGAGAUCCAGGAGCUUGACCUCAGCAGCAUCGACUUGGUGGGGAAACUUUCCAAGACGCAGGGUUGGAGCACAGUCCAGAUCCAGGCCGUAACGAAAAAUUUCAUGAAUGGGAAAACCAUAGCUGGAUUGACGUCAACCGACCUUAGGUCUCUCGGCGUUUUCGUGACCGGUCUCUCCGACCUUUCAAUUUUGGAUCCUGCAGCCUUCAAGGAUGCAGCAGAGGCACUGGGAAGUGUUGACAAGUACAGCCUUUCUCAGCUCCGGACACUCUGGAAAAAAGCGAAUGACUCAUUCCAACAGACCCCUUCACAAUGGCCAACUGGGACCAUCUCACAGUUGGGAACGAUUGUCGCUGGAGCAAGCGCUGACGACAUCAACAACUUAACGUUGGCGCAGAAAGCUGAGAUUAAACCAGCGGCCAUCCCUCUCAUCCCGCGAGAAGUGUUUUCGGCUCUCAGCCCGGAGACAAUAAGAGCACUUGGAUUCUCGAGCUUGAUGUCCAUCACCACCCAGCAGUACAACUCUCUGAACCCGGCUUCUCAGGACAUCCUGAGCACCCGCUUCCCGAACACGUUCCUCACGUACGUCAUCCCACCCUCGGCCGGCCCUGGACUCCUCAACGUGCCACCCUCUGCGGUCGCAGCUGCCCAAGGUCUGCAUAUGGCCGUAAAAACGCUGGUGGCUGCGAUGCUGUUGCCAUCUCUGUGUCUGCUGUUGGCAUAAAAGAGCCUUGCAAAAAAAAAACCCGCAUGUGAAUCAAAAUACACCGCAACACACACACACGAACUCUGACACUCUUAAUCAUCUGGAUCUGAACUCACACACUCUUUGCACAUCAAUCUCAAUCCGUGAACCUUUAAAAUUACACACAACCCUUCUGAAAUACAAUGAUAACUGAAGUCUUCUAACAAAAUGACAGUGCAGCUAAAUCCGUAGCUGUACUGUACUUCUAUGUUCCCCCACCUUCACCAACCUGCACUGACCAGUGUGCUGACGUCUGGCGAAACAGCUCUUAUGACCAGCACGGCAUUGGAAGGGCCUCUUUCAGAAGUAUAUUGUCGCAAGGGCUGUAAGUACACAUCGGUACAACGUCCCGCGAUUGAGCGCAUAAUCACCUGCUGAUGAAACCUGACCCCUGCUGUACGUUAUGGUUUUGCAGAAACACCAACCCCUGUUUUUGGAAAUCACACCUUCCCAUUUCAUAACCCACGCGUCCCCAAACAUUCAAACAUCAUCCGUUCUAUACCCAGGAAGCUCAACCACCCUCACACAUUUUCUCUCGUUUUUUUACGUUUUAAAGGUUUUUGGUUGUAAAAAUAUACUUAUUUAAUCAUACUCGGGAUUAUAAAUGAAUCUGUAUUUGGGUAAACUACUACAAUAGGGGAUAUUCAUUAGCUCCGAAUAGCAUGGUUGGCUACGUACGGUGCGAAAUAAGUUCUACAUACAUUGCAAAAGUCUGCUCGUGCACCAGCUGGGACUGUUGUGAGUGGCCUCUGAUAAUAUGGUGUUCUAAUGAACAAAAUAUCGUCAUCUUAUUGACCUUCCCGUGAAAGUGAAAUGUCUUAUCUACCAACGGUAGGCAUUUAUAAACAAUACGAAACUAAACAACAAAGCACUCAAAUGCUGUCCCCAUGCCCGUCAAGUUCCACACUCCACAACCCCUUUGGCACUGCCUCUCCUAGAGCUCGUAGGCCGUGAGCUGCUCUGUUUGCACAGUGCAACCUCCUCGCGUUGUGGCAUCGUCUCUCACCACAGCCACGGGCGCCUGUUUCAACGGCCCUGAAUGGGUCUCAAACGGCGUGGCUACAAUGCGAUAAGCCGAUCGCAAUGAACGAAGGGAAAUCUCUCACUCGCAACGCCUUCACAGCUGCCCCGAGACCUCCCCGAGGCACAAAUCGGACUGUGGUGUUGCAGCGGUUUCUAAUAUGAACAACUUAAAACGUUAUCUUCAUUAGGUAAUUCACGUUGAAGGAAUCAUAUUUUACUUUUUUUAAAUACGACAAAACUUGAUAGAAAAGCAUAUAUUUUUUAUUAGAAAAAUAAUUUCUCAUCUCCAGCUGCUUGAUGUGGUGGCGCCCCAACGCCCCGAGUGGACGAACCGCCACUGUGUCCGUGCCUAAAAUGGUCACGAACCUCAUCGUCUGCAUCCCCUCGUGCUUCCAACCAGAAGGAUAUAAUUCGGAGCAGGUCUCUCGUCUGAGCUGUCAAAAGCACGGCGGUCAAAACUUGCACAGCUCCUACAUUGACAGCUUCCUGUAAAACGCAUGGGACCGUAUCGAGUUACGUUAAAAAGUGUAAAAAGUAAUAAAUAAGUGAACCCUUAUCGACAGCUCUCCGAUGUGUUUCCGGCUGGUAACCGCGUAUAGUUCGGCACGAUACCUAAAGUGUUUCACUGCACGCAUUGCGAGCUUCUUCCAGGAACUUCACAAAUACCUCACUUCACGUGGAGUGAAGCGUCAAGGCAUCUCUGCCAAACGACACACGGUACAACCGUAAAAAAAACACAUCAUCAGAGAGCUGUACGGCGCAAUAACGGAAAACGUACGUGGUCGUAUCGCCCUCAUCUGCCUUGUGCUCACCACGUCGUUACCUUUGAAAUCAUCCACUAACGUUGGUGCUUUUAAAAGCUGUCACUCGUCCGUGGAAUUACGCUCAGACCCCUUCUCGAUAAUUAGCCAGUGGAACAGAAACCACCCGUACCUUGAGGAUUUGGCACUGCCUCGGCUCGGAUGUGCCAGUGGGAAAGGGGAUAUGCAUUGUUCAACCGCUUUUGCCAGUUUCAUUCGAGCAGGCAACCUCACCUCGCCUUGACCCUUCAGCAUCUGCGAUACCGCUGUUGACCUUCACAACCAACCGCGUGCUGUUUGCCCCGCUGUCCAUUCGUGACUUCGAUGUUUAAUGGCCGUAACGAAACGGUUGUUGAUCAGUGCGUUUGACGCGUUUUAAAAACGGUAAACACCUGGCAACGCAUUAAUGCCAACACUUGAAUACACUGCCCGCUUCGAAGUUGGAUGCUCUUGUGCCAGAGAGCUAUUGUCAUUGGGAGUCAGUCUAAUGUGCUUUUGUCAGAUCAUUAGUCAUGUUGAAAAAAGAACCCCCGCCCAACGUAUGGUCCAUUGUAUACCCACACUCUAAACUACAUUUAUAUAUAUGCUGUCUGUAUAGGUGAUCAUUUUACGUGAUGCACAUAAUAAAGUAUAGCAAAUCUGAUGUGUGUGUGUAUAUUGAAAUAUCUUGCAUGAAUUGGUGAUUAUGUUCAAUGAAUUCAUGAAUAAAUUUCGUAUGCUACCCCCACAAUUCAAUGAAUUAUUUUGUUUUAUGUGCAACUGAUUCUCUGGGUUAUAGAUAGCGGACUGACCUUAAACAAGUUAACCUAGAACGCCGGUUCUCCAACUUUCUGGACCCACGGACCUCUAUCAAUCCUCACGCAUUUUUUUUAGCACUUGUAUAGAUGAAAUCUCGAAAUCGUAGCUUCGUCUCGAACGGUUACACGGACCGCUUCCGUGCUCCAGGGACCACACAGCUCUUACAACCGUUGACCUAGAAAAUUGCGUACUUUUAAAUAGGUUAAGAUUUAGAUACGGGUGAUGUUCUCAAACUGCACGCUGCUUUUAGAAAAGAUGACGUUGGAACUUAGCAUGAUGUGCAGGCUCACUACGCAUUAUGGGAAAAAAAAAACAUGUGAAUGUGACUGAGCGAAUGCAUUGGCUAAGGAUAUGUUAAAACGUUUGUUAUUAUCGCAGUGAUGUUGUGUAAGUAGAGCACUUUUUAUGAUGUGGAGAUGUCAUGCAAGGUUCCAGUAUUGUGGACACGUAAAAAGUAGUCGAAAGUACGUGUUAUAAUCAAAAAAUCACCUGUAAUAUUAAUAUAUGUAUAUACAGUGAGGGAAAAAAGUAUUUGAUCCCCUGCUGAU